GGAUACGUAUCGGACAUGCAAGUUUCCUGGGUCGCAUUCGAAAAGAAUCCGACCUGUGUUGUUCAGACUGUCAUGAAAAGAUCAGAUACGUUAAAACGAAUUUGUAAAGGAACUACGAACUCUUCACGUGAAUAAUAAGCUUCUGGUGACUGGCAGGUAAAAGUCGCGGGUCUCCCCCCUCUCCGCCGCGCCUCCUCCAGCGCCACCGGAAGCCGGGCGGCGUUAAGACCCAGCAGAUGUACAGUACAGCGAACAUCUGUCGCCGCGGUCUCCGCUCCGUAUGAAUCGCGCCCGGACUCCAGUCUGGAGACACUCACGCUCCGAGGCGGGCUGGGAUCAGGACCGGAGCGGAUCCAGGGGCGGGGAGGAUGUGCGCGGAUGAGUCCGGACCAUGAGAGCAGAAAGUGGAGCCAGACGCACUGAGCCGCAGCGUUAAGACAGCGCGCAGCAAGAUGAAGACACCUAUGCGCCAUGGGGUAGCCGUGCUUCUCGUCCUCCUCCUGUGCGCCAGCUUGUUCCUCGUGUACAACGGCAGCUUCAACAGCCCUUCCAGGGAAACUAACGACACCCGCGUCCGACAGCAUGAACAUCUGCAGCAGCCGCCCGAAGCCUCCGGCAGCGCGGCGAAGCCCCACCUGCCGGCCCUCCAGGGAUACAUCGGCAUCAUCGACCAUAAGCCUCUCAGGAUGCACUGCCACACCUGCUCCCUGAUCACCAGCUCCGGCCAUCUCAUCGGCGGACGCCGGGGAAAGGAGAUCGACCGGGCCGAGUGCGUCAUCCGCAUGAACGACGCCCCCACCGCCGGCGCGUUCGGCCAGGACGUCGGCCGCCGCACCUCCCUGCGAGUCAUCGCCCACUCCAGCAUGCAGCGGGUGCUGCGCAGCCGCCACGAGCUGCUGAACGCCAGCCAGGACACGGUGUUCAUCUUCUGGGGCCCCAGCAGCUACAUGAGGCGGGACGGGAAGGGCCUGGUGUACAACAACCUGCGGCUGAUGAACCAGGUGCUGCCCAAGCUCAAGGUCUACAUCAUCUCCUGGCAGAAGAUGCUGCAGUUUGACGAGCUGUUCAAGAAGGAGACGGGGAAGGACAGGAAGAUUUCCAACUCGUGGCUGAGCACCGGCUGGUUCACCAUGACCAUCGCUCUGGAGCUCUGCGAUCGGAUCAACGUGUACGGCAUGGUGGCCCCCGACUUCUGCAGGGAGCCUCAGCACCAGUCCGUCCCCUACCACUACUACGAGCCGCGGGGGCCCGACGAGUGCGCCAUGUACAUCUCCCACGAGCGCGGCAAGCGCGGCAGCCACCACCGCUUCAUCACGGAGAAGCGCGCCUUCGCCAACUGGGCAAGGACGUUUGACAUCCACUUCUUCCAGCCGGACUGGAGCCCCCCACCUCUCCCAGACAACCGGACACUGCCGGGAACGGCCACCGCCGCCAUGGUUCUGCAGAAUACGUGACUGCCAAUGGAGCUGGGAUGCGCUUUUAGAGAUCCAGUCGCUCAGAUGGACAACUGGAAAAACAGACAGCACUGCAUGGAUGAGGAGUGCCUUUACUGCAGCCAGAGUUUUAUUCAUGGAGGGACAAGAUGCGGCUCAGAGCUGUUUGAAACCCUGGAAGGCAGGGUCAUCAAACGCUCUGAAAGCGUGUGUGUGUGUGUGUGUGCCAUGUAUUUGAUGUAUUGUGGGGACCCAUUGAUCCUGUGGGGAUGAAAGCCUGGUCCUCACAAGGAGAAAUUUUGUUUUUGUGCUAGGAGUUCGGUUUAAGACUAUGGUGUGAAUUUAGUUUUGGUCAGGUUUAGGUAUGUGAUGGUUAGGGUUAGGCUGUAGAAAUGAAUGGAAGUCAACGGAAAGUUCCUGCAGAAAUAGAGACGCAUAUACUGUAUGCUGUCUGGAGCAUUUAACUUUUGUCCAGAAGGUCCCUUCUUUGUCUGCAAAGAACGACAGAGGCAGAACCACGAUGGAUCAUUAUAGACAGAGGAGCAACUUAUCCAUAUUAAUAUUGAGACAAAA